CUUUACUUCAGAUACGCAACCAGUGACUCCGUAUUUUUUUUAUCCAACCAAUGAGCUCAGAGGAUACUGUAGCGCCAGUUUGACCUUUAUUAGAGCGUUUUACCACCGGUCGCUGUGGCGGCGACUCCUACCGCUCUCUCAUUUAUGUCUCUACAUAGUUUUUAUUAUUUUUUCUAAUCAGGUGCCAACCGACAGCAGGUCAAAAUGGGAGGUAAUGGCAGCACGUCCAAGAAAGUGUCAUUCGGACUGGACGAGAACGAGAAGGUCACAGUAAUUGAAGGAGUAAAGCUCUCAGAGGAUGUGCUUCGGCGGAUAAAGGAAUCUCAGGGGUCGGACAGCGCCAAGCCACCAUCGUCUCCGCCAGAUGCUCACCAACCACCAACAACUCCAAAACCAACAGGACCUACCACUACAGAAAUACAGGAAGAAAUCCGCAAAAGCUUUGAGCAUCAACAAGCCCUGGUACAGGAGCAGUUGGCCAGAUUGGCCCAGAAGGAGAGAGAGACAGGAGCAACCUCAGGGCUGGAUGAGCUGACCCCGGCCAUCCUCAUCGAGAAAGGAAAGGCCCAUGAAGAGCAACAAAAGGCCAAGAUACUGCCAGCAGAUUUGGAUGCCUGGGCCAAACAACUGGGGAGGAAAGAGAAGGAACUGACCAGCAUAUCCAGCUUCUAUAAAGAGCAACUAGAAAUACUGGAGAAAAAGAAUGUUGACAACUACAAGCAGAUGGCUGAACAGUACAACGAGGCAGCUACUAAAGCUGAGGCCUACAUCCGACCUCGACAGACUGCGUCUGUGUGCAGUGAGCUGCAGGCAAAGGUGCUCCAGUGCUACAGAGAAAAUCCCCAGCAGACCCUGCACUGCUCCAGCCUGGCCAGACAGUACAUGACCUGUGUCCAGCAAGCCAAAAAGGUACAGUAGGCAAGGGUUACAAACGAGCUCACUGACGAAUCAUGGCUGAGAAAGCAGAAGGAGAAGGAGAAGAAGUGAAGAAGGAGAGAGCAUAUCAGAUCUGUCCAUUUUUCGUCCUCCUUCUGUCCUUCUAACCAUCCAUCCAUUUAUUUAUCCACCAUCACUGAACAACCCCCUCCUCUUUCCCACUCACCGGCCUUCCUGGUUUUUGAGUGUAUUAUCUUGACAUGUCACUCCAGAGUGUAUGAUGUGCUGAUUUAUUGUCGUGUUGCGGCAGCACACCCCUGCUGCCGCUGAAAUAAAUCCCAGUGAUCCGGUGGUGAUGAGA